AUGUCGACCGGACUAACUCAACAAGAUGCAACCGAUGCAGCCGCAAAUCAGCUGAAGCCUCCUGUUUCAGUCCAAGCAAAGAACCGUCGCAAACGCUACCUCGAUCAGCAUCCAGAAUAUUUCUCUGCUGAUCUUGAGAUGGCUGAUCCAUUACUCUACGACCGCCUCAUCCGACGAUUCCAGACUCCCGCAGAAAGAGAGACCGAGGGUCGCACCAAAGGCUUCUCUGGCAUUCUACAAGCCGAUCUCCUCCGAUCAGAGGCGAAAAUGGAUGCGCUCGCUCAUCCCGAUCCGAAUGCGAUGCUGAGCUACAGGCGCGGUCCCAACGGCGAAAUCGUGGCGGAAGACAAGGACGACAUCCCGGCCAACAAGGAAGAGGGAGAGCAGCGUUGGAGAUGGGAAAUGGAAAUGCGAUUUCUCAAAGGCGCCGAUUAUGAUUUUGAUUAUGAAACGGUCGACGAAAAUGACGAGUAUGAUGAUUGGAACGAGGAGCAAGAACGCUAUUUUGACGAAGAGGAGCCCGAGUGGAUUCUCGACAAGGAAGAAGGGAACAUUCAAAAAGAAAAAUUGACUGGGGAGACUGGACGCCAAAUAUUUACCAAGGGUGGGGUACCUCCAUUGCUGUUUUUGUCGUCUGAAGGUGGUUGCCAACCAGCGGAACGGUACCACCACACAUCAAACGAGAAGCUCCAUGGUAAAAUGUUGUUCGGCAAGAAUCAAAAUUACCCUGACGAAGGUGAAGAAUUAAAUCACAAACAUGGGAAGCCUCUUUCUUGCAUGAUCUUCUUCUUCGCAUCUCAGAUGCUAAGCAACCUGGAAACCCCAGCGGCAUCUACGGGAUCGACUGACGAAUCUCGUAUGCCGCGCACGAGGGCGCAUCGAUUGGACGUUCUUCUCGCAGAGGUAGGGGAAUAUGCAAAUCGCAGCCCUUACGUUACACGCUUUGAGCCGAUUCCGGUUGAAAUGUCACCUCCCGGGCGACCUACCGGCACAUCUCGUGACGAGAUGCAUGAUGUCCUGUUGCUAGCCAGCUUCAAGGACAAGACUGCUUGGCAGAAAUGGAUUGAAACGCCAGAAUGGCAGCGAUUCAUGCAGAGGACGGAGAAUGAGGCCGUCUUCCGGCGUCUUCCGCAUGUCCGGUGUGCGCAUAGUCAUAAGGGCCUGAGGAAUACUCUAGAGAUUCUUAUGGCUUGA